CGCGGGGCCGGCAGGAUGAGCAUCGAGAUCCCCGCGGGGCUGACGGAGCUGCUGCAGGGCUUCACGGUGGAGGUGCUCCGGCACCAGCCCGCGGACCUGCUGGACUUCGCGCUGCAGCACUUCACGCGCCUGCAGCAGGAGAACGAGCGCAGGGGCGCCGCGCGCUUCGGCCACGAGGCCAGGACCUGGGGGGACGCGGGCGCCGCCGCCGGGGGAGGCACCCCCAGCAAGGGGGUCAACUUCGCCGAGGAGCCCGCGCGCACCGACUCCGAGGACGCCGAGGAGGAGGAGGAGGCCGCGGACGCCGGCGCGUUCAACGCUCCGGUAAUAAACCGAUUCACAAGGCGUGCCUCGGGGUAUAUUUAUUGUAUGUUUCCUGAUGGAAGAAUGUCCAUUUUUAUUUUUAUAGUAUGUGCAGAAGCUUAUAAUCCUGAUGAAGAAGAAGAUGAUGCAGAGUCCAGGAUUAUACACCCCAAAACUGAUGAUCAAAGAAAUCGAUUGCAAGAGGCUUGCAAAGAUAUCCUGCUGUUUAAGAACCUCGAUCCGGAACAGAUGUCUCAAGUGUUAGAUGCCAUGUUUGAAAAACUGGUCAAAGAAGGAGAGCAUGUAAUUGAUCAAGGCGAUGAUGGUGACAACUUUUACGUGAUCGAUAGAGGAACAUUUGAUAUCUAUGUGAAAUGCGAUGGUGUUGGAAGGUGUGUGGGUAACUACGAUAAUCGUGGGAGUUUUGGUGAACUGGCCUUAAUGUACAAUACGCCCAGAGCGGCUACAAUCACUGCUACCUCUCCUGGUGCUCUGUGGGGUUUGGACAGGGUAACCUUCAGGAGAAUAAUUGUAAAAAAUAAUGCCAAAAAGAGAAAAAUGUAUGAAAGCUUUAUCGAGUCACUGCCAUUCCUUAAAUCUUUGGAAGUUUCUGAGCGCCUGAAAGUGGUAGAUGUGAUAGGCACCAAAGUAUACAACGAUGGGGAACAAAUCAUUGCUCAGGGAGACUCGGCGGAUUCUUUUUUCAUCGUAGAAUCUGGCGAAGUGAAAAUCACUAUGAAAAGGAAGGGGAAGUCAGAGGUGGAAGAGGACGGCGCCGUGGAAAUCGCUCGGUGUUCCCGGGGACAGUACUUCGGAGAACUGGCUCUGGUCACUAACAAACCUCGAGCAGCUUCCGCACACGCCAUCGGGACUGUCAAAUGUUUAGCCAUGGAUGUGCAGGCAUUUGAAAGGCUUUUGGGACCUUGCAUGGAAAUUAUGAAAAGGAACAUUGCCACCUAUGAAGAACAAUUAGUUGCCCUGUUUGGAACUAACAUGGAUAUUGUUGAACCCACUGCAUGAAGCAAAAGUCUGGAACAAGACCUGUAGUGACAAAAUUACACAGUAGUGGUUAGUCCACUGAGAAUGUGUUUGUGUAGAUGCCAAGCAUUUUCUGUGAUUUCAGGUUUUUUUCCCUUUUUUUUUUUUUUUUUACAUUUACAAUGUAUCUGUAAACAGAGUAGUGAUUUAAUACUCAAUAGGCUUUACCAUCACUUUCUAAAGAGUAGAUCAAAGAAAUAUUGACAUACUGAUGAAAUGACUUUGUACUCCACAAAAUUACAAUUUGAGUGAAAGGUUUAUUCAAAUGAUUGUAAUAUAUUGAAAGUAUCUGUGUGUAAGAAGAUAAUUCAAGGACGCUGCCAUGGGCGAUUUGUGUUCAUUUGGACUUCCUCGGAUUGCUUGUGUUAGUGACUAUGCCCAUGUAAAAGGGAAUUGGCAGUGAAUCAUGCUGGACAGCAUGGCAUCACAUUCUUUUUACAACUCUCACUAUAUAUAGUAAGUACAGUUUUAAUCAUUUUUGUUUUCUCAAGUUUUUCUGGCUUGAUAAGUUCUGUGCUGGCCUUGGGCUAUGGUGAAAUGAUAGAACACAUCAUAUGCAAUUUUCCAACCUUUUAUAUUUUUGCAAUAAAGUACAUUUUGACUUCUUCGGCAUAAUGUCAGCGACCAGUGGUUUUAAGGACGGGCAGUGUGGUCAUUAUGAUAAUAGGGAAGAGUCCUUUUUUAGAGGAGAGAUCAUUAACACAAUUUCCUCAUAAAGCGUAUAUCUGCUUCCUUUUUCCAUUUUGUAGUUCUCUAUACUCUUUAAAAGUUUGAGUUCGACAUUUAAUGUAACAAAUGGUUUUUUAAGUGCUAUAUAAACUUGUCUUCUACAAGCCAGAGAUCUUACAUAUGCUAAAAAAGAAAAAAAAGAAAAAAGAAAAAACCACCUCUCCUAUGCCAAAAAUAUUUUGGGGUCCUUAUCCACACACAGCAUAUUUCUCUGUUCUUUACUAGGUGUACAUAAUAUGAUCCUUUGCAGACAUCUCCCAUGGGUUUUCUUUAGGGUGGCAGAAAUAAACUUUUAUAAGCAAAACCAUACGUAAAGAUAAAAGGAAUUUCUGUCCUGUCCCAAUGUACCAUUAGGCCUUGCCAUUUACAUUAAUGUAGGACUCAAAAGUGCAGGAUGAGCUUAAUAGAUUUUUCAUUGAUAAUUAAUGUGCUUACUGUUCUGACACACAGGAUGAAUUACAUUCGACCAAAGCAGUAUUAUUCUUCACGUGAUUUCUAGGCCCACAUGACCCCAGUGUCUGGAGAGGUUAAUUUGAACCAGUAGUUCACUCUUAAAUGAGUAAUUUCAUUUUGGGAAAUAAGUUUUAAGGAAAUGUGUACCUGGGGAAAAAUAUUCUGUGGCCAUUAUAGUAUGAUGUUACUAGAGAACGUUUAUGGUCUUACAUAUAUAAUGAAAAUAUGGUUAAAAUGUGUUCAUCAAAUAAUGUACAUAUAAAAAGUAUGUAAAGUAUAACUUAGCCACGUUUUAGAACACUGUUUAACAAUUUUGCAAACUUUCUUGUAGGAAGAGAGCUUACAACAAGAAGAUGACUUGUUUUCUAUUUCAGAUUUUAUUUUAAAAGCCAGGUCUGUUAAACAAGAAAAAAACAUGACGAAUCCCCAGAUUCCUGGAUCAUUAUUCUGUAUUCUUUAUCCACUUUUUUUAAGAGAUCUUGUUGCAUCAGCUGAUUGUUAACUAUUCAUGGAAUAGCAGACAAAUGCCUGUUUAAUAAAGAACUCUGACCAAGGCUGUAAAUGCCAGUUACAUUAUUUUCAGUAUUGUUGGUUAUAUUUAAAUUUACCUUAUAAUAAAGCACACUUUUAUAAUAAAAA